UCCUCCUUCAAAGAUUCAUCCAGCACUCUCCGACAGCUACUGCGGAAAAAGCGCUCCUUCCCUAUCUGAGCUUCGGAAAGAUUUCAUCUUCCUGAAAAGAAGUCUCAGGCUUUCCCAAAGGACUUGAGAGGCCUUCCCGUAACCAGCCACACCAAAUUCUGCUGCGAGAAGGUUCACCUUUUCAACUUCACGUUGGGAAAAUGACUUUCUCUUCAGCAUCUCAAUUUCCCCUAAAUUUUGGCAAGUGAAGAGACGUCAAUCUGGUGAUCCAGUAGGACAGAAGGCGGAGUCCCGCACUCCCCACUGUCAACUUUGAUUCCACGUGGGUUGCUUUGUGUAUGACUUAUUUCCCAAGAAGAGUCACGUUGGGGAGCCGCUCCACAGACUAGCCCUCGCGCGGGUCCUAGCGGGAGAGUGAGCUCCGCGCCUCCCUCGUUCAACGCCUGGCAUGAAGUCCUGCAAGCCUAGCAACUCGGCGGCGGGAGCGCGCGCCGCGGCCCCGUGCGCGGGUGGCGCCGAGUGCGCGGGCACGUGCUCCGGGGCCGGCCGGCUGGAGAGCGCGGCGCGCAGGCGCCUAGCGGCCAACGCGCGCGAGCGCCGCCGCAUGCAGGGGCUCAACACAGCCUUCGACCGGCUGCGCAGGGUGGUGCCCCAGUGGGGCCAGGAUAAAAAGCUGUCCAAGUACGAGACCCUGCAGAUGGCGCUGAGCUACAUCAUGGCUCUCACCCGCAUCCUGGCCGAGGCCGAGCGAUUCGGCUCGGAGCGGGACUGGGUCAAUCUCCACUGUGAGCACUUCGGCCGAGACCACUACCUUCCAUUCGCGGGCGCGAAGCUGCCGGGAGAGAGCGAGCCCUACGGCCAGAGGCUCUUCGGCUUCCCGCCCGAGCCCUUCCAGAUGGCCAGUUAGAGUGCGCGGCCCCGCCGGGGUGAGAUGCCCAGUGGUCGCGCUCUGGAGCCGCAGCCUUCCCCCAAGUAGCCGCAGGGGCUUUCGAUGGCCUACGAUGCAUUCUUAGAAUAAAAUUAGCGAACUUUCAGGUUACUUUUACUCGCAUCACCAGUCCUAUGGACGAAUGAUUUUUAUUGCCUUUCUUUUUUCAUCCUUAUCAGUAGGUGGUAGAUUUCAUUAAUGGAUGUUGUGAUGGUUUUGAUUGCUGUGAAAAUAAUGCCCCCUCUCCCCUUUCUGGACUACUUUGAGGGAAAACAAUCUUAAGAAAAAAUAGGAUUAGGCUAUACUGCAGUUUUAGUCCUCAGAGAAAUAAUCACUUUCUUAAACUUUGUAGGUUUGUCCUGUUCCGGUGAAGUUACAGUAUCCAUUACUUGUGUAUGCUUAAAACAGAGCUACCUUCUGUCGUGUAAAUGCAUUUAUGCUUAGUGCACUGUGUGUGCAUGCAUGAAGUAGUAAGACAUUUUUUUUGGUAGAGUACAUGGGCGUGAGUGCUCUGUAUUUUUUAAAAUUGUGUAUACAUUAUUAAAAUAUAGAUUUUGUAAAAUAUAAAUAAAAACGUGGGUCUGUUUUUCAUG